ACAUUUCCCCCCCUCUCCUCUAAGUACGAUCUUUUUGACAAGUGUAGUUUCCUUUAAGCUGUUCUUUCUUUUUAAAUUGGAGGUUGAAUUGUAAAACCUCAAAAUGGUUAACGGUAGGAUACCGUCAGUUCAUUCUAAAACUUACGUUACACCUAGACGUCCAUAUGAAAAAGCUCGUUUGGACCAAGAAUUGAAAAUUAUUGGUGCGUUUGGGCUUCGUAAUAAGCGUGAAGUAUGGCGUGUUAAAUAUACUUUGGCUAAAAUUCGUAAAGCUGCCAGAGAACUUCUCACCUUGGAAGAAAAAGAUCCAAAAAGAUUGUUCGAAGGUAAUGCACUGUUACGUCGUUUAGUGCGUAUUGGAGUACUUGAUGAAAACAGAAUGAAGCUCGAUUAUGUGCUUGGUCUUAAAAUUGAAGAUUUUUUGGAAAGACGUCUUCAGACACAAGUGUUCAAAUCUGGUUUGGCCAAAUCUAUUCAUCAUGCUAGAGUUCUAAUCAGACAACGUCACAUCCGAGUUCGCAAACAAGUUGUGAACAUUCCUUCAUUUAUCGUCCGAUUGGAUUCACAGAAGCACAUAGACUUCUCUUUGAAAUCACCUUUGGGAGGUGGUCGUCCAGGACGUGUAAAGAGGAAGAACCUCACCAAGAAGACCAGUGGUGGUGGAGCAGCCGAAGAAGAAGAAGAUUAAACUGUAUCUGUUGCUACUAGUUUUAUAACUAGUACAUCAAAUGCUAAUAUACUUUUUUAAGUCA